UCUGAACACUGUUGGAGUUCGUCCCGGAAAUAAGCGUCAAAUUGGAUUGGCAGGUUUGGCAAACCCUGGACGAGACAGCCUCCCACAAUGGCUGAUUCUGUGACGUUAGAUGAUCCGAAAUUCUGCUUUGAAGAGGUCCUGAGCACUUUCAAGGUGUGUUUGUCUGAAGACAAAGCUGUCAUUCUAGAAAACUACGUGUCUGGCUGGCGAGGUCUUAUAAAGUUUUUGAACUGCUUGGGGUCCGUCUUUGGAUUCAUUUCGAAGGAUGCCACCAAUAAGAUCCAGGUCUUGGUGAAUUUGCUCAAAGGAGAUACAAACUCUCACUACGCGACCGUGCAGUCCAUGGUACGAUACGAGCUGGACAACGGACUGGUGGACAUCGACAAGCGAGGCAGUCAUCCCGAAUCGGGCACUCGUACUCUCCUGAGGCUGCAUCGUGCGCUUAGGUGGCUGGAACUCUUCCUGGAGCGGCUGAGGAUCAGCACCGAAGACAGCAAGACGUCAGUUAUGUGCGCCGAAGCCUACAACGAGUCCCUGGCGCAUUACCACCCGUGGGUGGUGCGCAAGGCGGCAGGUGUGGCCUUCUGCAUGCUACCAGGGCGCCCCGCCUUCUUUGAGGUGAUGAACGUGGGCCCCCCGGAGAAAGUGGCGGCCGUCUUGGGGGAAGCCGUGCCUCUCAUUUCCGAAGUGUAUCGUAUCACAGAGGAACUUUAUGCGAAGAACAACCUGCUCAACUUGCCAUAGAAACAUGUUAGCAUGACUAAUGGUGACUGUUGCUGGAGAUUGUGCAAUAGCUGCGUGGUGGAACACCAUUUUUAUUUCUUGUGUAAUCAUUUUGUCAGAGCAAUUACGAUCAUGUCUGGUGGAAAAGGGAAGCCUUUUUUUGUCAUCCUAGCUAAAAGCUACUCAUGUUUACAAUAACUGCAAAUGUUUUCAACUUGACAUGUGAAAACGUAAUGCACAACUGGGGAUUGUUUAUAUAUCUAAUAUGCUGGUUUAGCGAAAUAUACUGGAAGAUUUAACAAUAAAAGUUGUUUAACAUACACAAACACAAAUAUUGAUUGCAGACACAUCAAGUACAUUUAAUGUAAGUACAUUUCUGCAUCAACCAUUGAAUGUAAAAGGCAAGUUUGGCCAAGUGUAUGUCAUGUUUUAUGUGGUUGCUGUAAUUAUAAAACCUUUUGAAAAAUGAACAGCAUGAAUUCUCAUCAUGUUAGAUUAUUUAAAUUACUGUACUAUUUUGAAUCAUUCCAUCCAAUAAAAAUAAUGCUUGCAGUAUGUCUCUUAA